UCUUUUCGCGGUCACCUCGUCGUGACCGCGAUGCCCAACACCUGCUGUGUGCCGGGCUGUCGCUCGGGAUACAAGGGCAACGUCAAAAAAGUCUCCCUGUUCUGUUUACCAGCCGACGCAGAACAACGCGACAGGUGGAAACGUGCAAUCCCGCGACAGGAGACUGUCGGAUUUUCGUUCGACUCGAAGUAUGUUCGCGUGUGCGAAAAACAUUUCGAUGCAAGUGACAUCGUACGUGCGGACGUGUGUACAGUGAAUGGGAACAUCGUUUCACUGCCUCGAGAUCGGCCAAGACUGGUGGAAGGCGCCGCGCCAAGAAUUUUCGAAGGUUUGCCUGCUUACCUCUCCAAACCAAAACAGCGUUCGCGUGGACUAACAAAGCGCCCACCUGUAAAAAGGCCGCGAGAGCUUUCUCCAGACUGUGAUGCGACAGUUGCGAAUGCGGACGUCUCCACUGCAGCCGACGAAGAAAUCGACGUCUUUGCAGAUGUUGUAAGAACUGAGAAUCGCCCAGGCUUUCGCUGAUGCAGAGUGUCAAACAGAGGUCCCAGUUUGUUCAGCAUCGGAGCUGCAGAGAGUGAAGGCGCAACUUCGCAGCGUGAAGCAACAGCUUCAAUCAUGCCAGCGGAAACUCGCAAAAGCGGAGGCGCACGCGAAUAAAAAAGGUGGAAUGUACGGAGAUAUUCACAAGCUGUCAGACCGCGAGAAGCUCAUUAUAGACCAGUGCAUCAUGAAGGCAAAUAUGAAGUCUACGAAAGCAGCACGGUA